AGAACGUUUAAAAAAUAAAUCGCUGAUUUGUGAUUGGUUGCAAGGAGGAGAUGUGGAUGGCCGCCUUUCAUAUGUUUAACAUGGGAUGGAUGAUUUACCUAAAACAGUGAAACUGAAUUGUGAUUGGUUAUUUUUUUAUUCUCUUUGCCUCCCUUCAGUGGCUAGCACCGGACGUAACAUAGUCAGAGUAACUUCGGCCAUCCUCCUGCCUUGCAAAGGCACUUGGCAAUUUUUUCAAAAUUGUUAACAUUUUCAUUUUGUUCAUUCAUUUUUUUACAAUAAUUUCAUCAUCACGCAAAUCUUUUAAAUCACGAGGCUGCGUUGCAUCCGUUGCCUCCUUUAAGGAACCGCCCCUGACGACGUCACACGGUUGGCUUCAGAUAAGCCUGGCCUGUGGCACGUGACGCAUGAACGGCGCGCGGUUUUUGAGCGAGAGGGACAUGAACGGCGGCCGUAUUAUUGGCGCAGUUUCAUUUGGAGGGGAUUGUAUCUCGCAGCGGAUCCGGUGAGCCAACGAACAUAAGAAGUUCUGGCUAAAUCCAAAGGAUCGAUGGCUUUCCUGGAAGGUUAUAUUCUGCCGGAUAAGGACCAGGAUGAAGCGGCGAGCGGCGACGACUCCGAGGGGGACGGCGAGGAGGACACGGCCCCAGAGUUCCUCGACAUGGAGGUGAUGUCCGACACUAACUCAAAGACGGCGUGGAUCAACCAGUCGCCGGGGCCGCCCAAGCGUAAAGUCCGAUUCAAGACGUUCCGUGGAGAUGAGGUCAGGGUGACGGGCCGUUUUGCCCUGAGCGCCCCCUGGUGGCACAUCACCUGCCGCACACAAGGCCCCAAGAAGAACUUGACCGUAAAGGGCUCUGCUUGGUACACGAUACGCACGGACCUGGACAAAGACGGAUGGAGGCCCAUUGUAUCCCUGUUUCUGGUGGCGUGCAAUGUGACAGAUGAUUCAAUCCAACCGUUCUUCGAGUGGUUGCCCAAGGAACGCCGCGUUACCAUUCUGAACUUAUUGGAGGUCCUCACUGAGUUUGGGGACACAGACCCCCUGGCGCAGAACAUCAUUGAAUACGUUUCAUCCUCAGAUGAAUACAGGGGGAUGCAGGCGUCUUCUUCCUACCCCUUGGUCAUGAAAUACUUACCGGUACUUUUACCGCGGCAGUUUGACGCUCUGCUUUCCUCCGCUAGUAGCGAGAACGUGGAUAGUCUAUUGGCCAAACUAGAAGACAUCAUUGAAAAUGAUGUGUGGAAGUUAGGGUUUUCUGAGGUUAUGCAUAAAGAACUAAAGUUGCGCUGCGAGGCCAAACUCAACGCGUUCGAAGAGUGCGGCUUGCUCAAGAAGCUGCCGCGUCUUCAGCACAACGCCCUGUCUGUGUACGAUGAGGUGAAGAGGUUCUGUGCGAACACCGGCAGCACCUACAUGGAAAAGGACAAACUCUGCCGCAAUUUGAGAAACAAAUCCCAUAUACCUGACGAACAGGUGUGGGAUACUCUCCCGUUCCUCAAGGAACUGGGGGUGAUGUUGUGGGACAGACAGAAAUUCGUGCUUCAAAAACAUCACAACUACGAAUCGGGCAUCGCAGACUGCCUGCGCCAUCUCGUGGACGCCAAGCAGUGGACGAUUCCGAUAAACGCUCAGGAGGUUUUGUACGCUCACGCCCAGAAGAUUCGGAUCGCAAAAGUGGCGAAAGAUCCAACGAUGGAUCCCUCGACCCUUUCCCCCGUGAAGGUGGACCCGGACCAGCUGCUGGCGGCCCAGAUGAUCUGCUCGGACCCGGUGACGGUCAUCAGCGGCUGCGGCGGCUGUGGCAAAACCACGGUGGUCAGCGAGCUGUUCCGGGCGGCGGUGGAGAAGGGACGCCCCGUCUCGUCGUGGGAGUACGCCGAUGCCUCCGAAGACACCGAGGACCCCAUGGAAGACCCCGGAGAACACAAGAAGGGGCCCUUCUACGGAGAUGAGUCUGGAGAGGACCCCCCAGGAUGUCAGUUUGGAUGCUCUGUAGGGGGCCGAGCGGGACAGAGCGGGGGGUACCAAGACCUUGGACACCUUCCUGGAACGUCCGACGAGGGAGAGGAGGAGGAGGAGGAGGAGGAGGAGGAGGAGGAGGAUAUGGAGGUGGAGAGGCAGGACGAUAAGCUUUUGGAAAAGCAGAUCCUUUUGACCGCCCCCACUGGUCGGGCAGCAUCUCUGCUGACGAAGAAAACAGGCUUCCAAGCCUUCACCAUGCAUCAGGUGAUUUGGAAGUUCAAUAAUGCAGAAAAAAAAAGAAAAGAAAAUGGUGACGUUGAGUUGAAUUGGGAGUUCGAGUCGGUGCGCGUCUUGGUGCUUGAUGAGGGCAGCCUUGUGCCGGUUGGUCUCCUCCACUCCGUCCUCUCCAAGCUCAUCAGCCACGCCGAGCUCCAGAAGUUCAUCCUCUUGGGCGACGUGAAGCAGCUGCCCAGCAUCCAGCCAGGGAGCGCCCUAGAGGACCUCUUCUCCAGCCUAAAUUCGGUCAAAUACAACGUGGAGAUGAGGAACAACCACCGCUCUGAGUCCGAACUCAUCGUCCAAAACGCGAAGCGAAUUGCCGCCAUAGGGAUGGGUCAAAGCUCUGAGCCGUUGGAGUUUGACCACGUCGUGAACCUUCCCGGGCCGUUCAACAUACCCCCCGGCAAAAAGUUCAUCCACAUCCGUCUCCCUGCCCGCAAGGGCGAUGACGAUCUACAAAAGGCGGUCAAAUGGCUGAUGGGCUCAGCACCUGGGUUGGAUGAUGAUACAAAAUCUCAAUUCAUUGCAUACAGAAGGGCGGAUGUUGACUUGAUCAAUGAACUCUGUUGUACCCACUAUAAUGAGCACACAACCAAAGAUCAUAAGGGCAAGUUUAAGUUUCAGCCUGGAGACAAAGUCUGUGUCACCAAGAAUGCCCUUAUUGAUCAGGAGGACGCUAAAGCCCAAAGACAUCCCGGAGAUGAUGAUGAUAAACACCUCAGACUCUGCAACGGAGAGAUAUUCUUCAUCGCUGAGGACCACACAGAGGUGGACCAUCGUGGCCGAAAGAAGCGCUCGCUGACCCUCGACGAGCGGCCAGGCCGCAUCGUCAAGGCCAAGUACCGGGCUCUGCUGGGGAGCUGCAAGCUGCGCCACGCCUGGGCCAGAACCAUCCACACCUUCCAGGGUUCCGAGACCGAAACGGUCGUGUACGUGGUGGGCACGGGCGGCUUCCAGAACUGGAGGACGGUGUACACGGCCGUCACCAGGGGGCAGAAGCGUGUCUACGUGGUCUCCACCGAAGAGGAGCUCCAGGCGGCCAUCAAGCGGAAGCCGGACCCCCGGCUGACGCGCCUCGCAGGCCUGGUGAAGGAGAAGGUGGUGCAGAUGGUUCAGGAGUCCCCCCGACUCCAGCGCGACCGACGCGGAUCGCCGAGGUCCACGCCCCAGUGGUCCACGCCACAGAAGGCCACACCCCAGAGGACCACGCCCCAGAAGACCACGCCCCAGAGGACCACGUCCCAGAAGGCCACGCCCCAGAGGUCCACGCCCCAGAGGUCCACGCUCCAGUGGUCCACGCCACAGAAGGCCACACCCCAGAAGGCCACGCCCCAGAAGGCCACGCCCCAGAGGUUCACGCCCCAGAGGUUCACGCCCCAGAAGGCCACGCCCCUGAGGACCACGCCCCUGGUCCCGCCGCGGCAGACUCCCGGCACCAAGGCGGUCGUUAAGCGCCUGUGGGCGGCGGGAGGCCCGGUGGAGGCUCCAGCUGGCUCGCCUGUGAAGGACAUCGUUGACGACCAACCGGGAACUGCCCGCAUCGGGGCAGCAGCAGCAAACAAGACGGCGUUCGAAUUCUUUUCUACUCCCAGAAAGAAAACAAAGUUGUUUAUCACUUGUUUUCAGUAAGUCGAUUCAGCGAUGGACUGCACCAAGCUCCAGCCACCCUCCCAUGUCAGCCCAAUGCACUACCCGGUGACGCCCAAAAGGCCCCAGUCACCCAAGUGACAAACUACACGGACCCAAUCAAUCCUUCGAUUGGAUCAGACGAUGGGAAGGGCGACAAUAGUUGAGGAACGUAUUCACCGUUCAACUCGUUCUGUUUGAACCCCCCUCCCUGCCAGAGCCCUGUCUCUGACCCCCCCCUACUGUUAGUUGAUGACACCUUCACCCUGCCAGAGCCCUGUCUCUGACCCCCCCACUGUUAGGUGAUGACACCUUCACCCUGCCCUCACACCUGUCCCUGCCAGAUCUCCGCCUCUGACCUGAGGCAAUCAGACACUAAACAUGUUCCGCCUUCUUCCUGUUUGUUAUCCACCUCUCUGCCAGACCUCUGUCUCUAUCCCCCCCACUACUCGUCAGGAGUUGAUCAUAGAAUUGAUAAGGAUUCCCCUUCAUCCUGUUCUCCUGCCAGACCUGUCUCUAGCCCCCUGUUGUUCUUGAAGGUAUUAAUCACCGGAGCCAAUGAGGGGUUUGUUUUGGCAUCGGAUUUGUUUUGUCUGACAGUCCAACAUCAGAUCCCCUGCAGACCAACAAGCCUGGGCGGCUUGUGAUUGGCUUGAUUUAAAUAACGGUAAACCAAUAGGAAUCAGUGGGUUCCAUAUUUUUGUUUGUGAACAGGACAGUUGGAAAUAACUGACAUACUGUGUUUCGUUAUGAAGAGAAGAGUGGUGGUGGAACACAGAGUACUGGCUCUCUUUUUUCUUUUAACACUGAGCAAGCCAGGGGUUAAAAAGAGGGCUACAUAAUCUGAACUUCUUCACAAUCCUUAGGAUUGAGCAUCAUUGUCUAUUCAAACUGCAAAUCCGAGAAUUUGAUUGUGUCUCAGUGUAAACUGUAUCGCAUUACUACGUUCAUUAUUGUGUUUUUUUUUAAACCAUUUGUAUUGAUUAUUGUCAGUUGAGUUGGUGAAUCAUUUCAACUUGUAAGACUAUGUUAGAUGGUACUUUUUUAUCUUGAUUAAUUACAUUUUAAAACCGAAUAUUGAUAACUAUCAUUGCUCAAUACUUUUUAUGCUGAAUCAUGUGCUUCAUGCUUUUCAAAGUGCCUAUGUGGAGAUGGGGGUAUAAGGGUUUAUAAUACUAUAGACAAACGGGAAGUAUGUGCAAUUUGAUGUAUACUUAUACAUCCAAUUAAAGAAACGGGAGGCUACUGCAUGAAGCACUCUAAUUUAUUUGUCGAUGAGUAAAAAUCUAAACUUGACUGACUGGAAGAUACUGGAGAUGUAAAAUAAACCAAAAAAUGAACUUGG